UCAACCAUUUCUACAAGUAAAGUUCCUUUGAAACUCGGUGAGGCGUUGAAAAGCCGAUCGGAUGAAGAUCUAUAGAUGUUUUUUACAUAAAAUCAUAAAGAUCCUUAAAUUACAUGAAGUAGGCGAGUUCUGAAGUGCAAUACGGAUUGUUUAUGCGAUAAUUGACGUAGAAGUUCAUUUUCAACAUUUAGACUUUGAAAAUGUGGCUGAAAUACCUGAUAUUCCUGGCAGGGGCCUCGCUGUUUCGAACAGAAACCGUUGACAAGGUGUCCAGUGACUACUGGUCAUGGCGGCUGUCAAUCUCCAGGGAAUUCUCCACUUCUAUCGGCACCUACAAGUACAAUGAUAGGCUUGAUUCGUAUACAUAUGAGAAACUCGAGGACAUGAAGGUGGAAGUAGACGGCUUUUUGAAGCGUUUAACGCUGGUGAACAGUUCCUCUCUGGUAGGAGAAAAGCUGAUCUCGUUCAAAGUUCUUAAGGAGAUCCUGGAAAACGUUCGAGAUGGCUAUGAAUGGAAGGACUAUCAGCCUUUGAACCCAAUUAAUUUCUUGGAGCUCUGGUUUUACGGUCUCGACAUAUUUGUCUCAGCACAGCCGUUUGACACCGAAGGCGACUUUGUUAACUAUGUUCGAAGAAUUGAAGAAGGGCCCCGACAGAUAGAGGAAAUGAUAAACUUGAGUCGCAGAGCCAUUGCAAACGGUCACACGAGCCAUAAUGCCUCAGUUUCCCGUGUUCCUGGAAACAUAGACGACAUGGUUAAACCACCAAACGAAUCAGCACUUUACUCCCCACUCAAAAAAGACAAUGCCAGUGCCAUUCUGGGAAAGAAUGCGUAUAACUUAUUUUUAACAUAUCGGUCGGUUCUUUAUUUAGUGCGGCGGUGGAAAAAACGGCUUCAAGAUGCCAUUACUGCAUUCAAUGCUAAACUCCUUAAGGCCAAGGAGUUUUUAAUCAACGAAUAUAUGCCCAAAACGCGCCCUGGUCUCGGGUUAAGUAGCUUGCCCGGAGGAAGAGAAAACUAUCAAGCCUGUCUAAAGAUCCAUACUUCCACAGAAAUGACAGCACAGGAGAUCCAUGACAAAGGCUUAGAGGAGGUGAACCGAAUCGAGAAGCUUAUAAGACAGAAAAUGAGCAACAUAGGGUUUCCCAGCACAACAAAGUUAUCAGAGAUGUAUGCUAACUUGUCUAGUGACCCGAAAUUUGUCUUCAAUAAUUCAGCAGAUGUCUUAGCGAAUUUCAACAAAAUUAUCUUCGAACGAAUUAAGCCUUUGAUGCCGAAAUACUUCCGUCAUCUUCCAGACUUACCGCUAGAGGUUCGAGGCUAUCCAACUGACGGAGCAGGCGGAGAAUACAAGGCAGGAUCUGCAGACGGGUCAAAACCGGGCAUUUUCUAUGUUAACCUCUUCAGACCCGAGGACAACCCCUCAUAUGCGGCGGUUUCGUUUUCACUUCACGAAGCCCUGCCUGGCCAUCACAAUCAGGAAAGUUAUGGUCUUUUGGCCGACAUACCGCCAUACAUGAGAAGCUACGAGUGGCUCUCCUUCAAUGCCCCAUACUUCUUCCCGUUCUUCAACGCGUAUAUUGAGGGUUGGGGUCUAUAUUCGGAGUUUCUUGGAGAAGAAAUGGGCAUCUAUCAAAACGAUUACGAAAUGCUUGGCCGUUAUAGCGACGAGAUGUUCCGAGCCGUAAGAUUAGUAGUAGAUACAGGCAUCCACGAAUACAACUGGACGAGGGAACGUGCUAUCGAGUACAUGCUGAAUUAUACGUAUAUGUCCCGGGAUGGAGCUGCAAACGAGGUUGACCGGUACGCCACCUGGCCCGGUCAGGCCACCGGCUACAAGAUCGGAGAAAUCAAGUUCAAGGAGGUCAGGAAGAAGGCUUCCGACGCUUUAGGCAGCAAGUUCAAUCUAGCUGAUUUCCACUACGCAGUCCUGCGCUACGGUACGUUGCCUAUGUCGUUGCUGGAAUACGUGGUAGAUCAAUGGAUUGCCGACCAAAGAGCCGGUGUCCCAGGCGUACCGACGGGCGGUGCGCCAGUGUUGGCGUUUAACGCCUUCAGCCUUAUAUUGGUCACUGUAUAUGCACUUAUUUAACACAGAACAAUAUAUAUAUAUAUAUAUAUAUAUAAGU